AUGGACAUUGAAUUAUAAUAAUUGGAUAAGGUUAAAUGGAAUUCAUAAGAAGAUGAUUUAUUAUUGAAAUUGUAAAAACAUUUCUAAAAUGAUUUUUAACAAAUUUCUAGUUAGAUGAAUAAAAUAUUCUUUUAUAAUAAAAUGACACCUUCUUUAUGUUAAUAUAGAUGGAGAUAUUAUAUUGAUAGUAAUAUAAAUAGAUCUGAAUUUAAUUAAACAGAAGAACAUAGUAUGUUUUAAUAAAUGAAAAAGAAUGAUUUAUAUACUAAUUAAUUUUGGUUUGAAUUAUCUGAUCAAUUUUAAAAAAGACCACCAAGUGUAUUGAAAGUAUGUACAAUGAAAUUCAUAAUUAAAUAUUUAAUUGCUUUGAGUGAAUCUUAUGUAUAAAAUAAGGCUGUAAAAAAGAGAUAUCUGGCAAGAAUCAAAUAAUUUAAUAUUGACACAAUGAUUACAUUUUUUAGAUUAGGUAAAGAGAAAUAAAAAAGAACUGGACCUCCAACUUUAUUAAGUUAAGGAAUAGAUUAAUGCACUUAACUUCUAUUAUAUUUAGAAUAAAUGAUAUCUACUCGUGGUUUAAUGUCUAAAUAUGAUGAUUAAAGUGAAUAAGCAUCAAUUAAAUUUCAUUCUAUGAUGGAAUGUCUUAUUUUUAUAGAUACAAUAUUUAGAAUAUUUCAUAAGAUCUCUCCAUAUAAUUAAGGAGAAUAAGCUGAAAGAGAUAAGAUGGAAACUCUAUUGCCAUCAAAGAAGUCUACUAUUAGUUUACAUGAUGAUAGAGGAUAUGAAGAUUAAGCAUUCGAAUAACUUAAUAAAGAAGAUGUCAGAUUAAUAUAUAGUAGUGAAGUAUUGUAAACAUUUUAAUAAUACUUUAGUACAAAUGA